UUCAUUUUGACAGGAACAGUAGCCAACGACGUCCACUUCCAGGCAUACUUGAUGGAGGGACUGGUUCGCUGGAACGAAGAUUGUGCUGCAUAUGCCUUGCUGACCGAAGCCCCAGAGCAUCGAGUUUACAGCAGGUAUCUGCAGUACUCUGUGGACCAGCUCGGCCAGCGUGUGCUCGGCAAGAGUAUUAACCCUACCCACACCAAACCACAGCAACACACUGAGCGCAUCGGGGUAGAAUACCUCUUCCAGCAAACCAACAAGGUGCUUGGAGUGUAUUCCCCUGAUGAUGCGGGCUACCAGGAGGAGGAGGCGGGCAUGGAUCCCACCAUUCCCCCCCCCCCCAUUGAGGAGAUAUCUCGCUCCCCUCCCCUGGUGACGCAAAGGCCUGUCAUAGAAAGUAAGUAA